UUGCAGCCAAUGCUGGAACAGGAUUUGCUGUUGCUGAGCCUCAGAUUGCAAUGUUUUGUGGGAAGUUAAAUAUGCAUGUGAACAUUCAGACUGGGAAAUGGGAACCAGACCCAACAGGCACCAAGAGCUGCUUUGGAACAAAAGAAGAAGUUCUUCAGUACUGUCAAGAGAUGUAUCCAGACCUACAGAUCACAAAUGUGAUGGAAGCAAACCAGCGAGUCAAUAUUGACAGUUGGUGUCGCAGGGAUAAAAAACAAUGCAAGAGUCACUUCGUUAUACCUUUCAAGUGUCUAGUGGGUGAAUUUGUAAGUGAUGUUCUGCUAGUUCCAGAAAAAUGCCAGUUUUUCCACAAAGAACGGAUGGAUGUGUGUGAGAAUCACCAGCACUGGCAUACUGUAGUCAAAGAGGCAUGUCUAACUCAGGGGAUGACCUUAUAUAGCUACGGCAUGCUGCUGCCCUGUGGUGUAGACCAGUUUCAUGGCACAGAAUAUGUAUGCUGCCCUCAGACAAAGAUAAGUGACUCUGUUGAUUCUACUGUGUCCAAAGAAGAGGAAGAAGAGGCAGAGGAGGACGAGGAGGAAGAUGAGGAGGAAGACUAUGAUGUUUAUAAAAGUGAAUUUCCUACUGAAACAGUUUUGGAAGACUUCACAGAAGCAGCUGUGGAUGAAGAUGAUGAUGACGACGACGAUGAUGAUGACGAUGACGACGAUGAGGAGGAGGAGGAAGAAGGAGAGGAAGUGGUAGAAGACCGAGAUUACUACUAUGACACCUUUAAAGGAGAUGACUAUGAUGAGGAGAACCCAACUGAACCUAGCAGCGAGGGCUCUAUUUCAGACAAGGAAAUUGUUCACGAUGUUAAAGCUGUCUGCUCCCAGGAGGCGAUGACGGGGCCCUGCCGGGCUGUGAUGCCUCGUUGGUACUUCGACCUCUCCAAGGGAAAGUGCGUGCGCUUUAUAUAUGGCGGCUGCGGCGGCAACAGGAACAAUUUUGAGUCUGAGGAUUAUUGUAUGGCUGUGUGUAAAGCGAUGAUUCCCCCAACACCUCUGCCAACCAAUGAUGUUGAUGUGUAUUUUGAGACGUCAGCAGAUGAUAAUGAGCAUGCUCGCUUCCAGAAGGCUAAGGAACAAUUGGAAAUUCGGCACCGCAACCGAAUGGACAGGGUAAAGAAGGAAUGGGAAGAGGCAGAGCUUCAAGCCAAGAAUCUCCCCAAAGCAGAGAGACAGACCCUUAUUCAGCAUUUCCAAGCUAUGGUUAAAGCUUUAGAGAAGGAGGCUGCCAGUGAGAAGCAGCAGCUGGUGGAAACCCACCUGGCUCGAGUGGAAGCCAUGCUGAAUGACCGCCGACGGAUGGCUCUGGAGAAUUACCUGGCUGCCCUGCAGUCUGACCCACCUCGGCCUCAUCGCAUUCUCCAAGCCUUGCGGCGUUAUGUCCGUGCUGAGAACAAAGAUCGCUUGCAUACCAUUCGUCAUUAUCAGCACGUGUUGGCUGUUGACCCAGAAAAGGCAGCACAGAUGAAAUCCCAGGUGAUGACACAUCUCCAUGUGAUUGAAGAAAGAAGGAAUCAAAGCCUCUCUCUACUCUAUAAAGUUCCCUUUGUAGCCCAAGAAAUUCAGGAGGAAAUUGACGAGCUUCUUCAGGAACAGCGAGCAGACAUGGACCAGUUCACUGCCUCCAUCUCAGAGAGCCCUGUGGAUGUUCGGGUGAGCUCUGAGGAGAGUGACGAGAUCCCGCCGUUCCACCCCUUCCAUCCCUUCCUGCCCUUACCUGAGAACGAAGACACCCAGCCGGAAUUGUACCACCCAAUGAAAAAAGGGUCUGGAGUGGGUGAACAAGACGGGGGACUGAUUGGUGCGGAGGAGAAAGUGAUUAACAGUAAGAAUAAAGUGGACGAAAAUAUGGUCAUUGAUGAGACUCUCGAUGUUAAGGAAAUGAUUUUCAAUGCUGAAAGAGUUGGAAGCCUUGAGGAAGAGCCGGAAUCUGUAGGACCUCUGCGGGAGGACUUCAGUCUGAGCAGCAGUGCCCUUAUUGGCCUGCUGGUUAUUGCAGUGGCCAUUGCCACGGUCAUUGUCAUCAGCCUGGUGAUGCUGAGGAAGAGGCAGUAUGGCACCAUCAGUCACGGGAUUGUGGAGGUUGACCCCAUGCUAACCCCAGAAGAGCGUCACCUGAACAAGAUGCAGAAUCAUGGUUAUGAAAACCCAACCUACAAGUACCUGGAGCAGAUGCAGAUUUAAGUCCUGGAAGUGUGUGACACCUGGCUGCAGAGUGCUGCAGGUGGGCCAGAGGAGGUCCAGCAUUUUGGAUCAACUGCUGACCACUAGCUGCUGCCAGUAGGUCUCAUCUUACAUCCUGACCUUCUGGAUUAAGACUAUAAAGUACUACUGUAGGGUUGCAAUUUCCAUUCUUUUAAAUGGGUUAAAAAAUUAAUAUAACAAUAUAUGAUAUAUAAACCUUAAGUGAAAUGAAAAAAAGAUCUAUUGCAGAUAUCUGACGGAUGUAGUUUUCUUUUUUAAAUUAAUCAGAAACCCCACUUCUAUUGUAUUGUCUCACACAUACAUGCUCUAUAUAAAUGGAAAAUGUUGAUUUUCAAUGAUAGAUUGUAUAUGCAGGCUGUUUGUUCCAGUUAUAUUGUAUAAGUCAACUCUUUAAGCUCAUUCACUGUUCCAAUUUUUAUUAAAAAAAAAAAAAGUAAAAAAAAGAAGGCAGUAUUUCCUUUUACCUUGUAGAAAGUUGCUGAAAAACUUUAGUGGACAGGGAACUGUCAUUUCUGCUGUAGCACACCAUGCUACACUUGUUAAAUGAUUUUAGAGGACCAGCUUCUUGGAAGUCUGGGGUUUCCAGUGCUGGGUACCUUGGUGUCUCUGUACCAGCCCUGUCACCAAAGGGGCUAACACCUUUUCCUUCUCACAUCUUCCAGAGAUAUGCAUACAGGUGAGCGUGUUUGCUGCUGCGUUCCUUCUAAAUCCAGUUCUUCCAUAGCAACUAGCCUGUAGUUUGUAUAUGAUGUUUUUCAGCCAUUUUUGUGGUUAUUUACUGUAGCCUUUUCUUCUCCAUGUUCCUUUCUGAAGUAUGUCCACAUGCGCAGCCUCUUCCUCUGGAUGUCUCCUGCACUCCUUACCUUUACUUGGGUCCACUCUCCUUUCCCGGCCUCUUGUUCACUCAGACCACAGGAAGUAGCUGAGAGCCCAGGGGAGAGCAGAGAGAGCCUGUUCAUGUGAAAGGCAAAUGUUCUGGGUUGCACGUGAAACUGGAUCUUAGACCUUGUGGAAAGCUUUGAGGACUUCCUUCACCUGCGUCUUUGUAAUGCUUGUAUAGUUGAUGUUGAUGCUCACAGCUUUCUUAAUUCUUUUCCUUUAAUCUGGAGGUUCCGGUAACCUGUGAUGUAUUUCAUUUUUUUCCCCUGUAACUGUUUAGUUUUCUUUUCUCUUCUUCCUCUCCUUUGGCUCUGUCUUUCACACUAUGCACACAUAAAACUUCACUUACAGACUCCUUAAUAUGAUCUGUGGAGAAUGUACAGAGUUUAAACACAUCAAUAAAUACUUUAACUUCCACCAAA